AUGGUAGCUUUAUUGCAGCAAUUCUUGACAGUGCCAUCGCCUAUUUUUGAAGGGCUCAAUGCGAUUGUUAUUCAGGCUUGUGCUGUUGAACGUCUGGCACAGACCUUAAAGCACUGUUCUUCAGGAGAAGACGUCGCUAUGUCGACCGUUUAUGCCCUGUUGAACACACUCUACAGUCACAAUACUGCAAUUUCGAAUGGGGCCUUUGAGCAAUCUAUUUUGAUUCAAGAGAACGUUAUUACAGCUAUCUCCAAAAUUGCCUGUGUCUUCAAGAGCGGAAAGAUCACGCCACUGGCUCUCUCUAUGCUCGCCCAACAGAUUCGUCAUCAUAGCCCUAAACUGGAUUGUGUCAUUGUAUCUCGCCUUACUGACAUGGCCUUGACUGGAACAGCAAGCUCCUUCAACGACAUCAUUCAAAUUCUUUCCAAUCUAUCAAAACUCUCGAUCUCACCAGAGAAUAACUCUGAGACUAAGGAAUUGUGCGAAACUGUAAAUGCCUGUCUGCUGCGUUUGGCCAAGACCAUCAACACGCGUCCAGAGUUUUAUUCCUCCUACUUGACAUGCUUGCUUAAACUUUUUGUUGAGAAGGGUGUUCAGAUUCAGCUCACAGUGCAGUCUAGUAAGAAAAAUCAAAGCAACAUCAAUUCGCUCUCUGCUGGACUGGGACCUCUUUUGCCUAUCAUCAGUCAGCUACUCUCUCAUGACGAUUUUCAGCCUCACCUUAGGCCCAGUAAGGAGGACACAAAGUUGUUCAGAGAUGCAUGGUUCCACUGUGUUCUGUUUGAGUUUGUCAAAGUCUAUCCAUGGCACAAGGAAUGGAGCGAUGCCAUGCUUUUGAUUGCACGCAAGACACCUACGUUUGUUUCUGGCGACCUUGGCACAAAUGCUUACUUGGAAGGCGAUCUUGAGUACAGUUCUGUCCUUCCCAGGGGCAUCCUUGAGGAUCAAAAAUCUUCUAUGCGGGCAACUCUUGCCAGCUAUCUCCCUGGACAGACAGGAGAAAUCAAAUCGCUCAGCUCAGCAAAAGUCGUCUUCCUUCUAUCCGUGUACCAUGUUGAGAUUAUGCGCGGCCGUCAAGGAAAUUGUUCAUUCAUCCUCCAGUACUUCAUGAACUCAGGCGUAAGCGAAGGAGGCCUUUUCACGUGCUUGGAAGCGAUCGCAGACCAAGUCAUUAAUGUAUUCAUAUCUGAGUCUCAGAUCAAGGUCCUCUCUCAUUCCUUGGAUGACAAUAUUCGCCAUCAGGUCCGAAACUUGGUCAUUAAUUGUGCUCACCGUCUCAAGCGUGUCAGCUCCCUAAGUAAUAAGUGGAUUCAUCGUAUGGUCGCCUCUUUCCCUCAACUCAUGUGUGACAAGGCACUUUUGACUCUUGUGCUGGAGUUAAGUGAGUUGCUCUGGUUAAGCUGUGAAAACGAGUUGACAGACGAAUACUGUCCUAUUUACAGCUUUACGUCGAGCAAGGUCGGGGUGACCAUCGACCUACCAGACUCAUAUCCUUAUCGUCGCGAACUGCUAACCAAGUUCGUAGAAUUGACUCGCAAAUGGAUUAACGCUGCAAUGGCUAAUUCCCCUCAGGAAGUUGAUGCUCUGUUACAAGACUAUCUUGCAGAGUCGGAAAAGAUUCAUACUGGGGUCAGCUGUGUUCACAUGGGUCGGACACUUGCGGCGCGAGCUGGAAAGGAUCUCAUCCAAAACCAAAAUAGCUUUGGUAUACUUGCAAACAUCUCUGGAGCUAUCAUUGACAAUUCGUCUGUCUUCUUCCAGGAGUUUUCAGCGCGCCGUAGAUACCAAGGGGAGAUUGGUGGUAUGGAAACCUUCUCUGCUGUCUUUACUCUCGAGUCUGGAUCGGUAUUGAAGAGCCAAUUACCUGCACUACGUGCUAAUCUCGAAAAAAUGGUACAACAAGUUAAGAAUGAUCAGUUUAUUUCGAAUAAGGACCUAGCGAAUGCCUUACAUCGUGCUGUCAGCGCACUGGUCACUCUUGAUAAGGUUGAAGAAGGUCUCGUCAAAAUGGUUGCGUGGAUCCCUAUUUACCUGUUUACACCAGAUAGCAUGAAGAUCGGGACCUCGGUCUGGAACUGGCUUAUCACAGAGAAACCGGCUGUGGAGAGACGUUUGAUGUCGGAAGUGGCCUCUGGGUGGGUCUGGGCCACACGUCACCAAAAAGGCCUAUUCUCAUCUUUGCUUGACUCUGAAGAUCCUUUCCGUGUCCGCAUGGAAUACGCUCCCUCUGACAAGAAAGCUCGUCAGAAAUGCUACAAGAUCGCCUCAUAUCUCUUUGCGCCCCAUGUGAUCUGGAUUGAAUUUUUAUCCAGUCGCUUCCAGGCGACUCGUUAUGGCAAUCGCGACAUGGUUGAUAUCUUUACACGUCUGAUCCAGUUGACGUUUGACACCAAAUAUAAGAUGAGUACCCAUCCCCUAGCCAGAGAGGGCCGCUUCCAACUUAUUCUCCUAGGCCUUCAACUGAUGCAAUCGAACCGCAUGGAAGCCUUGAUUGAGUACAAGAUUCGGUCUGCGCUGUACCAUGCUGCCUUCUCCUGGUUCGAGCUAUCCCCUCGCUGGUCCUUUGGAGGUAACAGGAUGCUAAACAAGACAGAGACAAGAGUUAUGAAGGAGUUUGGCGUUGCUUUAGAGCAAGACAAAAUUUUCUUGGACUCUAUUCUCACCAGCAUUCAAUCGAGCGACAAAGGUGUCGGACCAAACUAUCUUAUUACAAACAGGCUCACACGCGAUGCUAUCGUCCGCAAGCAUACUCAAUGCCGCAGACUACUUUCUUUGUUGAAUGAGAAUGAGCUGAACCGCUUGAGUGUCUGGAGCACUCCUUUGGUAUUGAAUAGCGCCAGUCCUGAGGUCAAUGCAAUAGAAAAGACGUUUUCAGAAGAAGGGUGGAGAAGCUUGGUUCGUUUCGCCUGGGAAGUUUCGCCCACGUUGGCUCUCCAGCUAACGUCGCGUUUCAAGAACAGCGUCAUUACUAAUGAGCUCAGCUAUCUCCUGGCAAACGACCCAUUCGCAGCUGUUCAUGAUUCGGACGCGAUUCAGUUCUUACUUGGUGAAAGUAGUGUCCGUUACUCUUCCGCACAAUUCAGAUACUUACUCUUCUGGCACCCUGUCCCUUCCAUUACCGCCAUCACUUAUUUCCAGCCAGCGUAUCACAGCAAUCCAAUGGUUCUUCAGUAUGCUAUGCGCUCAUUGGAGCAUUCUCCCGUAGAAGUUGUCUUCUUUUAUGUACCUCAAAUUGUACAAGCGCUUCGUCAUGACGACCUUGGGUAUGUUGAAAGGUAUAUUAUGCGCGCAGCUCGUGUUUCUCAACUUUUCGCACAUCAGAUCAUUUGGAAUAUGAAGGCCAAUAUGUAUAAGGAUAACAACAGCGAAGUCCCGGAUCCCCUAAAGCCUGUUCUGGAUCGCAUUAUUGAUAACAUUGUUCACGGUUUAUCAGGCGAAGCCAAGAACUUUUAUGAGCGCGAGUUCACGUUCUUCAACCAAGUCACCUCCAUUUCCGGGACAUUGAUGCCUCUUGUGAAGAAAAGCAAACCCGAGAAGAAGAAAAAGAUUGAUGAAGAGAUGGCCAAAAUUGUAGUAGAUGUGGGCGUGUACUUACCCAGCAAUCCCGAGGGUGUGGUUGUGGAUAUUGAUAAACGGUCUGGCCGACCUCUCCAGAGUCAUGCCAAAACCCCCUUCAUGGCGACUUUCAAGGUCCGUAAGACCCGUGAAGAGUCCAAUCUAGGCAAGACAAUCAUCAAACGUGGUUCAGGCGAUGAUGAAGAUGAAGAGGCCGCUCCAAAAACGUAUGAUGUUUGGCAAUCCGCCAUUUUCAAAGUUGGAGACGAUUGUCGACAGGAUGUGUUGGCCAUCCAACUUAUUGCUGUGUUUAAGAACAUUUUUACAAGUGUUGGCCUGGACUUGUAUCUAUUCCCUUACCGCAUCGUCGCGACUGCCCCUGGAUGUGGUAUGAUUGAUGUAAUCCCCAACUCGAUCUCACGCGAUCAAUUAGGUCGCGAGAAAGUUAAUAACCUUCAGGAUUACUUUGUGACCAAGUACGGCGGUGUGGAUUCGAUCGAGUAUCAAAAGGCGCGCAACAACUUUAUUCAAUCAGUUGCAUCAUACAGUGUGAUUUCAUACUUGCUCCAGUUCAAAGAUCGACAUAACGGCAACAUCAUGAUUGAUGAUGAUGGACAUAUUAUCCACAUUGAUUUCGGAUUCAUCCUGGACAUUUCGCCUGGAGGAAACAUCAAUUUCGAGUCUUCGCCUUUCAAGCUGACAGCCGAGAUGAUCCAAAUCAUGGGCUCAGGCGUAGAGGAGCAAGGCUACAGAUGGUUCUGUGAACUUUGUAUCAAGGCCUAUUUAGCGUCACGUCCAUAUGCUGAGCAGAUCUGUCAAAUGAUUUCAUUAAUGCUCGAGUCGGGUCUGCCUUGUUUCCGCGGGGAGACUAUUAAAAGGUUGCGAUAUCGUUUCCAGUUGGAUCGUUCAGAACGUGCUGCAGCUGAAUUUAUGAAGGAACGAGUGGAUGAAUCAUAUUUGAACCGUCGUACUGUUCUCUAUGACUCGUUCCAGAAGGUCACUAACGGCAUUCCUCACUAA